GCGCUGCGCCCGCGGCGGCGGCCGCCGCCCUGGCGCGGGCGCGCCGCCGGGAGCCGGUGCGGGCCCUGCGGGCGCCCUGCGCCGCCCAGGCAGCGAGCGCGGACCCGUUUGCGGACCUCGAGCACAGCGACGAGCUGCAGGACGACUGGGACGGGCAGCCGGCGCCCCGAACGCCCGUCUCGAGGUUCGACGCCGGCAUCUCGGACGAGGAGAGGGCGGUGCUGAACGAGGCCGCCGAAGAGAUGAGGCGGACGGGCAAGAUCUCGAAGGCGACCAGCAGGAAGAUGGAGGAGGCCCGGUGGAACGACGUGAUGACCACGGGCCGGGUUCCCCCUCCGAUGAACGCCAUUGAGCAGCAAGAACUGGAAAAGAUCCUGAAUGGUUUCCAGACGCCCGGGGCGGGGGAUCAGAAGCCGCAGUGGGCGCGCGUGCCGUUGAACGAAACCUGGUCAAUGAUGAUAUCGACGCCCAUGUUCAACGCCCAGAACAUAGUGGACACGAUUGUUCAGGAGAGAGAGGUGUCCGACGACAGCAUCGACGAGUUCUACCGCGGCGACCGCCUGUGGCCCUCGUCCGUGGUGCUCGCUCGCUGGCUGGCGAUCCACCCGAAGCCCCCCGCGCCGCUGCGGGGGAAGGUCGUGCUGGAGCUGGGGGCCGGCCUGGGGCUCCCCUCCCUGACCGCUGCGCGGCUGGGCGCGGACAGCGUGCUCCUGCAGGACAAAGAUGGGGCGGCCCUGCAGGAGGCGAUGGUGUCGGUCGUCGAGGGCAACCAAUCCUCCGUCGUGUCGGCGCUCAGGAGCACGUGGGACGAGCUCCCCGAGAGACUUCUGAGCGCCCCCGAGGAGUCGCUGAGGCGCUUCGCCGGCGCGGACGUGCUGCUCGGCUCGGAGGUGCUCUACGACGAGCGCGCCGCGGAGGGUGUGGCCGGCGUGCUGGCGAAGCUGCUGCAGACGCAGGAGCAGCGCGCCUACAUCACGGACGCCUGCAAGCAGCGGCACCGAGGCCUCUUCAUCAGGCUCUGCGAGGAGGCGGGCCUGAGCGUGUCUGACGUCGACGUGAGCUGCUGGGAGCCCGAGGAGGAUACCAUCAACGAGCACGCGGCCAUGAACGACGUGUUCUGCAGGCUGCUCACCGUGAGCAGACCGUGAGCAGGUCGCGUGCGCCUCCCGCGAGCGCAAACCAGAAGAGGCUGCGGGGGAGGAAACAGGGCGUAUUGGGCGCACUGCCCCCCCCCUCUUCGCCACCGCC